GUCUGUAAUAGAAAAGCAGUGGUAGUUGAAAGUUUGUGCCUGGAUAUUAUGACAGCCCGAUGUGAUCUACUCAUCGUGAUCCUGUAUUAAUAUUUUUUCUAGAUAAAUAAUUAUGUAUAUGAUAGCAGAAGCCAACUUGCAUUUUUGUAUAAACUAGAAAUGUCAAAUGUAUAAAUAACUAGGAUUCAACUAAAUCAAACACUAAGUGAUUUUAGUUACAGUCUUAGUACAGAAUCACCAGGAUGGUGGAGUCAGGACUCAAACUGAGGGAGUUUCUGGAUAACAGAUGGCUAGUUUUUGUUGCUUCAAUGUGGGUUCAGUCCUGUUCUGGAAUUGGCUACUUGUUCGGAAGCUUAUCGCCUAUUAUCAAGAAGACGAUGGGCUAUAAUCAGCGACAAAUAGCUAUUUUGGGCAUAGCUAAGGACUUGGGGGAUGCAAUUGGGUAUGUUGCAGGUACUUUGUCUGAGAUUUUGCCCAUCUGGGCAGUUCUUGCUAUUGGUGUGGUUCAAAACUUUGUUGGCUAUGGUCUAGUUGGGCUUAUUGUCAGUCAAAUCUUGCCUACUGCUCCUUUAUGGGUUCUGUGCAUUUUGAUAUUUGUGGGAACAAAUGGCGAAACCUACUUUAAUACUGGAUCGCUAGUUACCUGUAUCCAGAACUUUCCUGAAUACCGUGGCCCUAUAGUAGGCAUACUGAAAGGAUUUGCAGGGUUAAGUGGCGCAAUUAUGACCCAGAUUUAUAUCAUGAUUAACCUUCCAAAUGAGGCAGCAUUGAUUUUCGUGGUUGCAGUCGGGCCAUCCAUGGUGAUCACUGCUCUGAUGUUCAUUCUAAAACCUGUGGGAGGUCAACGUCAAGUCAGGCCAUCAGAUAACGCCAACUUUGCAUUUGUUUACAGUGUUUGCCUUGUCCUAGCUGCAUAUCUAUUGGGAGUUUUGCUGCUUCAGGAUUUAGUAAAUUUGAAUGAGAACAUAAUCACAGUAAUGUCAGUUGGACUGAUCUUUAUCAUAUUGCUUCCUAUCGUGAUUCCUGUUCUUUUAGUUUUUACCUCAAAACCGAUAUCUUCAGCAGAGGAGAGCCUCCUUCCCGCCCCUGAGAGCCAACCAUCUAUUAGUUCUGAACAAAGUCAAACUAAAGAUAUGGGAGCCUCAGAAAUAGAUUCACUUCUAGAAGUGGAGAGGCAAAAAAGAAUUAUUCAUUCUGCAGGAGCUGUAAGUGUCCAUCAGAAAAAGGCUCCAAGCAUAGGAGAAGACUUCACAUUGACACAGGCAUUUAAAACGGCAGAUUUUUGGCUUGUUUUUAUUUCCCUGGUACUGGCUUCUGGUUCUGGUAUGACAGUUAUUGAUAAUUUAGGUCAGAUGUCUCAAUCUUUAGGAUACGAAAAUACCCAUGUAUUUGUUUCCAUGAUUAGCAUUUGGAAUUUUCUCGGACGUGUUGCUGGAGGUUACUUCUCUGAAAUUGUCGUAAGAAAAUAUGCCUACCCAAGACCAGUAGCAAUGGCUGUGGUUCAAGUCCUGAUGGCAAUCGCUCUCUGCUUCUACAGCCUGGGUCUUCCGGGAGCAAUUUAUGUUGUGUCUGUGCUGAUGGGACUUGGCUAUGGCGCACACUGGGCAAUUGUGCCUGCAGCAGCUUCAGAACUGUUUGGAUUAAAAAGUUUCGGAGCCUUGUACAAUUUUUUAACAUUGUCAAGCCCAGCAGGUUCUUUAUUCUUUUCCGGUGUGAUUGCUGCUGGUAUAUACGACUCUGAAGCUAAAAAACAAGCUUCUAUCAUACCGUCACAAAAUCUGGAGCAUAUGCUCAGAAUGCCUCUAGGUGAGGAGGAGUCACUAAAUUGUUAUGGCACCAUAUGCUACUCUAUCACAUGUGGUAUAUUGACAGUACUUUGCCUGAUUGCAUCUGUGUUAAGUUUGAUAGUUGUGUAUCGAACUAAGAAAGUUUAUGCUAAACUUUAUGGAAACUCUAGACAGUAAGAAGUGGAACAUAUCAGAUGCUUGAUGUUGAACUUCAACUGUUUUGGGGUUCAUUUUUGUUACAUUGUAAACAGCUACUUAUUUCUUGUGUUCAGGAUGAAGGGUUAUUACUUUUUAUUC